CGACUCACCCCAUCGCCGCCACCCUCUGACCAACUCCCGAUCCAGCAAGCGAGCGUCGCGCAUCCGCUCUCGCCCGCGCUCGCCGCCGUCGCUGGGCGGCGAUGGAAACCCUAAUGGUGGACCGCGUCCACAGCAGCCUGCGCCUCUUCAUGCACCGCAACGCCGUCUUCCUCUGCGAGCGCCUCUGCGCGCAGUUCCCCUCCGAGACCAAUGUGCAGUUGUUAGCAACAUGUUACCUCCACAACAACCAGCCAUAUGCUGCAUACCAUAUUUUGAAAGGGAAGAAGCUGCCAGAGUCCCGGUACUUGUUUGCUAUGUCAUGCUUUCGAAUGAACCUCUUGCGUGAAGCAGAAGAUACUCUAUGUCCAGUCAAUGAACCAAACAUUGAGGUUCCCAGUGGAGCUACAGGACACUACCUCCUUGGAGUGAUUUAUAGGUGCACGGGCAGAAUGUCAGCUGCAGCUGAACAAUUUACACAAGCGUUGACUCUAGAUCCUCUUUUAUGGGCAGCAUAUGAGGAAUUGUGUAUACUUGGUGUUGCCGAAGAUGCCGAUGAAUGUUUUAGUGAAGCAACUGCUCUACGUCUGCAGCAGGAACACGCAUCCACAUCCGCUCUGGAAAAGUCAAACUUUGCCAAUGAAAAUCGAAUUCUAUCUUCCAGUCUUCCCUCAAGUCUCGGGGACAUUAUUCCUAAGCAAAUGAAACAGCUUCAUGCUAACAACGCAGCAGAAGUGCCUGGUUACCCUCAUGUUAGAGCAACUGCACUUCAUGUGCAGAACAGCACACCCUCGAACAUAGCACAGUUCGACAACCCAUCACCAAUUGCAUCACAGACUUCUAGUAUUGUACCUCCGCCACUCUUCAGGAACGUCCAUGCUUAUCAGAAUACAAUAAGUGGUGAUGCUCCUGCUAAACAGAAAGCUAAUGGAGCAAACCAGCCACUCAGAAGGAAGUACUUGGAUGAAGCAAGGCUAAAGAAGGUUUCUGGAAGGCUUUUUAAUCAGAGUAGUGAUUCAAUGCCUCGAAGAAGUGCAAGGCUUUCUCGAGACACGACAAUAAAUUCAAAUUCAAAUUCAAAUAUCUCUCAGUUUGGUGGGAAUGGAACAGAUCACUCGUCAGGUAAAUUGCGAGUAAACUCGUCCACACCAUCAAAAUUGUGUUCAACAGCCGUACGUUCCAUGCAAGUUAGGAAAGGGAAACCACGAGCUACAGAAAAUUUUGAUGAAGGAAGCAGAUAUGAAGUUAUUGAUGAAAUGUGGACAGAUAAUGUGCCAGCACCCUCAUCUUCUGUAAGUACAACUGAGGGAAGAUUCUUUGAGCAAGAUAAAGCUGAACGAAUUAUGUCGCAAGACUCCAAAGUGGCAAUUGGAAUCAGGGAGCUACUGGGACUUUUGCGAACACUUGGGGAAGGUUUUAGGCUGUCUUGCUUGUUCAAGUGCCAGGAAGCAUUGGAAGUCUUCAGAAAACUCCCUGAAUCGCAAUUUAACACUGGAUGGGUUCUAUGCCAGGUUGGUAAGGCAUAUUUCGAAUUGGUCGAUUAUUUAGAAGCUGAUCAUUACUUUGAGUUAGCGCAUCGACUGUCUCCUUGUACAUUGGAUGGAAUGGACAUCUACUCCACCGUUCUUUAUCAUCUGAAUGCGGAAAUGAGACUAAGCUACCUUGCUCAAGAGCUUAUUUCUAUUGAUCGACUAUCUCCUCAAGCAUGGUGUGCAGUGGGAAAUUGCUUUGCCUUGAGGAAAGAUCAUGAGACUGCUUUGAAGAAUUUUCAACGGGCUGUACAGCUUGACUCAAGAUUUGCAUAUGCUCACACUCUAUGUGGUCACGAGUAUUCUGCACUGGAGGACUAUGAAAAUAGCCUAAAAUUCUACAGAUGUGCACUUCAGGUAGAUGAAAGGCACUACAAUGCCUGGUAUGGCCUUGGGGUGGUCUAUCUUAGGCAGGAGAAGUUUGAGUUUGCUGAGCAUCAUUUCAGGAGGGCAUUUCAGAUAAAUCCUCGCUCUUCUGUUCUUAUGUGCUACCUUGGGAUGGCCUUGCAUUCUCUAAAGAGGAAUGAGGAGGCAUUGGAGAUGAUGGAGAAAGCCAUAGCUGCUGAUAAGAAGAAUCCACUACCCAAGUAUCAGAAGGCUUUAAUCCUUUUAGGCCUACAAAAAUACACAGAAGCUCUGGAAGAGUUGGAGCGGCUAAAGGAGAUUGCGCCUCAUGAGAGUAGUAUGUAUGCACUGAUGGGAAAGAUUUACAAGCAACUCAACAUUCUUGACAAAGCUGUUUUUUGCUUUGGCAUUGCCCUGGAUUUGAAACCCCCCGCUGCUGAUCUUGCUAUAAUUAAGUCAGCAAUGGAGAAAGUGCACCUUCCUGAUGAACUGAUGGACGAUGACCUAUAAGUUUGUUCACUCUAAAGCACAUUGGCAAAGGAACAUUUGUCUGUGCUUCAGGACUUCAUGGCCAGCUUGCGCUGUCCAAGUGAAACUCGGGUGCUCAAGAAGAAAAGGCUUUAUGCUGAUCAGAAUCUGGCGAUCCAACAAGACUUCUUGUGUCAUUACUGUACCAUUAGCCAUCCAGUUUUGUAGCUCUAGUUGCAACCUGUAAUCAGAGAACACAUGCACGGCAGCUGCAGUAGUUUAGGACUGUGUACAAGUUGAGCGUUGGCGAAAUGACUCGCCUGUAUCAUUGUACGAUUCUCAGAUUAGCAAAAGGAAUCAUUGUUGCAUAACAGAAAGUUUCAGGGAUCA